AUGCUAAUCAAACAAGUGGUUCCCUGGACAAAACCGUCCAGUCCGUUAACUUUAAAGUCAGGCAUUAUUGCAAAGGUUCCCAAAUGUAAUAGAUUUGAACCAUAUUUAAAACCAUGCUCUUCAUAUAAUUCUUCAACAACACUGCAUUCUAAAUAUGGAAAUUUCAAACCUAUGGAAUGGACUGAUUAUACUGUAUUAGAACUGUUAAAUACAACUAAUGAUGGAAGAUAUGUCACUGCUAAUGCCAAGUUAAAUAAUGGGUUUUUAUCUGACGAAGGACAAAAUGUAUUAACUAAGCUAUUGAUUAACCAUCUGUUUCAAGACCAACACAAGGGCACUGAUUUGUUUUUUCAGAAGAUAGCAAAAUUAAUUGUUGAAAUAUUUCCAAAUGAAUUAGAGAGUGUGUAUUUUAUACCACCUAAGACAGAAGGAUUCCAUCAAACGCAUGCUAAAGGUAAGUUAGUAAAAAAAUGGAAAAAUAUUUUGAAGCGUCUUAGGGCAGUAGGUGCACUUGAGAUACAGACAAGAAUAGUUGAUAGUUCAUCAGGAAGUCAUAACUUAAAUGUGUUUACAGAUCAAGUUAAUUUGGCUAAAGAAUGGCUUAAAACUGAUGGGUUGAUUGCUUCGUUUGAUGCCAUUUUGAAAAACUGGGAUAUCACAUUUGAAUUAAGAAACAAUGAAAUUACUAAUUCAAUAAAUUGCAAUUUGUCAGAUUUUUUUGAAUCUUGGCCAAUACUUCAAAGUCCAAGAGGCUAUGAAUUGGUGGAAAUAGAUUUUAGAUUAAAAUACCCAAAUAAUAAGUCUCAUGAUUAUAGUCAUUUCAUAAACAAUUGGACUAAGUUUAAAAGCUAUUUGAAUAUUCGCAGAAGUUCAGUCAAAGAUAAACAUGCCAAUAACUUACUAUCUCAAUUUGAUGCUGCUGAAUUGAUGAAAGAUUAUAGGACUUGUAAUAUCCUGAAAUUAUUACUAUUACCAUAUUUGAUCUCGACCAAGACUCAAAUUAAGGGUAACAACAAAAAUAAAUCGUGGAAACCAUCUCUUGAAGAGUCUGCUAUAGCAUUUGUUACCCAUGUUACUAAUUUAUCUAAUUUAGAAGAGGAUAUAAUUAGAAGACGUUUGAAAUAUACUGAAUAUGGGUCUACAAUACAGCCAUUUAUUAUAUUAACAGGGAAUGAUAUAUCUUCCAUCGAUACAAGCUACAUUAGAAUAAAUGAUCAGCUAUGGAAUACAAGUCCUUUACGUGCUCUUAAUAUUUGUUUUAAGGCAUAUUUUACAUUUCAUUGCUUGUACCCAAGAGAAUGUUAUGAGACUUGGUUACUUUUGCAAACUCAUUUUUUAAAUUUGUGUUUCCCCCUUUUUUUAUAUUAUGAUGAUGCAGAAAUAGGUAAUCCUCUAGCAUCCCAUUCAGGAGUUCAUAAAAUGGGUUGUGUUUAUUAUUCUGUCGCUGCUCUCCCUCCAGAAUAUCUUUCAUCCUUAAAUAAUAUUUUUGUAGCGUUUUUAUUUCAUUCUGCUGAUCGAGGACAAUCAAAAAUCAAUAAUAAAAAAAUGUUUGCAGCACUAAUAGAAGAACUAAUUGAUGUUCAAGAAAAUGGAGAUAAUCUAGGUCUCAAUUCUAUUUUGGGGUUUGUUGAAAGUUUUUCAGCAAACUUUUAUUGUCGGAUAUGUUAUUCACCAAAAUCUGACCUACAAAAUUUGUUAAAAGAAUCAAAAUUAAUCAGAAACAAAGUUAAUUAUGAAGAUCAUAUUAAUCAGGCUAAUGUUUCAAUAACUGUUUGUGACUUUAUGCAUGAUAUUCCAGAAGGAGUAGCUCGCUAUGAUAUGGCAGUUAUCAUUAAUAGUUUAAUUCAAGCUAAAUAUUUCACUUUGGAUGAACUUAAUAGUCGCAUACAGCUUUUUGCAUAUGGGGUGACAGAACAAAAAAAUUCUCCACCUAGCAUUAGUCAGUGCAAUUUAAACAAUGGAAGUAUAAUAAUGUCAGAAUCAGAGAUGCUAUGUUUCAUUAGAUAUUUCAGUCUUAUUAUUAGAGAAUUAGUUCCUUUAAAAAGUGAAAUUUGGUAUUUAUAUAUUUCAUUGCGAAAAAUAGUUGAUUUGUACUGUACUAGAACUAUUCAACCAGAAUGUUCAGUUCAGUUAGAUGCUCUGACUUUGUUAAAAAAUGGCCCAAUUAUUUUAACUUCUUCUAUACGCUUUGAAGCUAAACAAAAGGUUUUGAAAUCAAUUGCUAAUUCUAUCCCAUGUAGAAUAAAUCUUGGUUAUACUCUAGCCCAUAAAUUGCAAAUGCAAAAUGUUAGUCGUCUACUUACACAAACUGGUUUAGUGGCAGAUUUAAAUGUAGAAAAAGGUCAUGAUAUUUUAUUUUAUAAGGAAUUGUUUAAAUCAUUUAAUGGUGUAAUACCACAAUAG